UGCAUUUGUUUACCAAAUCGGCUUCCUGAUGACGACUUGCGUUUCGUUAUGCAGGAAAAUCGUGAAAAGCUAAAAAAUACCAUAUAAAUUCAAAUUUUAAAAAGUAUACGCCAUAAACAUGCGUGGCAGUGUCAUCUUCCAACCAAAUCGUGCCCUUGGGCUCGUUAGUAAUCACGUUCCGGCUUAUGUCCGGUACAUCGAAAGCCGUAACGAAAAUGUAAUCACAACCUGCGUUGGAAAAUCAUUUCAUGUGUACGGUGCCAAUAGUUUCCGUCUAGUACGGGUAGGCGGUCUACAUCCGGAGGAAAUCAGCUGUAUCGCUGCGGAUGGCUUCCUGACCUACGUUGCAGCUGGCAGUGUGAUUUAUGGCUGGCGUUCCAGCACACAGCUUCGGAAGACAUAUCGAGGCCAUGCCAAGCGAGUGCACCUGUUGCUUCCGUUUGGUAAGCAUUUAUUAUCCGUAGAUGAGAAUAGUUUGCUGAAAAUUUGGUUUGUCGGUACGGAGGAAGUUUACCUUGAGAUUCCAUUCGACAACAAACAGUUCGAGGUGUCAGCUCUGAUGCACCCAGCAUCAUAUAAAAACAAGAUUUUGUUGGGAAGCACUCAGGGCGGUUUGCAACUAUGGAACAUCAAGAAUGCUAAAUUAGUUCACACAUUCAGCGGUUUUGAUAGUAGAAUUGUGAUACUGGAACAGGCUCCUGCGCUUGAUGUCGCAGCUGUUGGCCUACACAAUGGAAGAAUAAUUUUAUUGAAUCUGAAGUACGAGGAACAUGUAAUGGAAUUAAGUCAGGAUUGGGGUCCCGUAACUGGAAUCACAUUUCGCACCGAUGGUCACCCAAUCAUGGCUACAUCAAGCACUAACGGUCAAAUUACUUUUUGGAAUUUAGAAGAGCAGAUCAUCGUAUCCACGUUACAGGCUCACGACGAUGUUGUGACAAGUCUAAAAUGUUUCCCGAAUGAACCAUUGCUGUUGACUACCUCACCAGAUAAUUCUGUAAAGCUAUGGAUUUUCGAUUUGCCAGACGGAGGAGCACGCUUGUUACGAGUACGAGAAGGUCAUGCAGCUCCCCCAACUUGCAUUCGCUACCACGGAGCAUCCGGACGGAAUAUCCUGUCCGCCGGAGAGGAUUCGUCGCUACGUAUUUUCAGUACAAUUUCAGAAACGAUGAACAAAAAUCUAGGCAAAGCCAGCUACAAUCGAAAGGCUUCCAAGAAACACCGCAAAGGAGAAGAUCCUUUCCGGAUGCCACCAAUUAGUUUCUUCACUUCGGAAAUGACCCGUGACAAAGAAUGGGAUAGUAUUGCUGCGGCUCACCGUGGACUAGUCCAAGUUACUACGUGGUCUUUUGAUAAAUGCCGGAUGGGUGAGCUGAAGUUGGUACCUGAAGUUUUCCAGAACAAAAAUCGUACCGAUUUCGGAGUGACCGUCACUGCACUCUGCCUAAGUCACUGUGGAAAUUUUGUCGCUGUUGGCUACUCGAGUGGACAUUUGGAACGGUUCAACGUGCAAAGUGGAAUCCAUCGUGCAAGCUAUGGUAAACCACCUGCACAUGAUGGUGUGUCGGUGCGAGGGGUAUCGAUGGACAACCUGAACCAGUUUGUGGUGUCCGGUGGAGCAGAGGGAAUGAUGAAAUGGUGGCAAUUCAAACAAAAUGUCAACAAACCUGUUUAUAUCCUUCAAAUGAGUGAGCCAAUAUCCCUGUUUAGCACACAUCGUGAGAGCUCUAUGAUAGCUGUUGCACUGGAAGAUUUUUCAUUGAUGAUUGUGGACUCGGACAGUAGAGCUGUGGUACGUAAAUUUGUAAGUCACAAGGGUUCGAUAACGGAUGCUUGUUUUUCACCGGACAGUCGUUGGCUACUGACGGCCAGUCACGAUUGCACCAUAAAAGUGUGGGAUAUCCCGUCUUCCUAUCUAGUGGACCACUUUCGGAUGCCACAGAUUUGCACUUCACUAGCGAUGUCUCCGACAGGCGAUUUCCUAGCAACCACGUUUGUCGAUAGCAAGGGAAUCUAUCUGUGGGCUAACAAAUCCAUGUUCUCACAUGUAUCCUUACGAGCUAUUAAAUCAGAUGCGGCGGCUCCCCAAAUGGUUCUGCCAGCGACGGCUUGUGACGAAGGUUUAACCGUGGUGUCGAGUGACACAGUUAUGGACAUCGACGAUUUAGAAGAAGCUUUGGAUGCAAUCAACCUAAAUUACGAAAGCCCUCCACAACUAUCAAGAGAAUUGAUUACAAUGUCCAAUUUGGCAGCCUCACGUUGGCAGAAUUUAUUAAAUUUGGAUGUUAUCAAAAAACGUAAUCGACCGAAGCAAGCGCCACAGAAACCGAAAUCUGCCCCAUUUUUUCUUCCAACUGUGUCAGGUUUGGAUUUUCAGUUCGAUUUGAGCGAAGCCCAACAAUCUUCUGCUGGCAACGAAUCAAGAAUAUUGAAGUCAACUCAGGUAGAGCAGUUAACCAGUUUUGGAAAGCUACUCAAAACAUGCGUGUCCAAUGGGAACAUGGAAUUCCGCGAGCCAAUCGAAUUCCUAGCCAAGCUAGGACCUUCAAUGGUAGAUUACGAAAUCCAAAAUCUGAGUCCACUUGAUGGUGGUAGUGGCAGCAUUUCUGUAAUGGUCGCUUUCAUGCGUAUGAUCGUGGCAGUUCUGGAGAGCAAUAAAGAUUUUGAGCUGGGCCAGAGUUGGUUGAGCGUAUUUCUCAAGAAUCACGGGCGGACCAUUGUGGAACACGAUGACUUGAGAGGCAUGUUGGAUGAGUUGGAACGGGCUCAGGCGAGGGGUUGGAACGUGCUGGAGGAGAAGCUCCUUUACGGAAUGGGAGUGGUUAGUAGUUUGCGUAACUUUAACGCUUGAUAGGAAAAUAAAUGACUUUAUUUGACCUGGAACUAUAUAUGCGGUAAGCUGAAUAUGGAGAAAGCCUUG